AUGAACAGGGGUAGACCUGCAAGCGCUGCUAGCGUCAACCACAUCACGGGCGCCAAGGCCCCAGAGGGAAAGUCGACAUGCGACUUGCUCUGGGAACUUGUGGGAAGAAGCCACGAACGGCACGAACUGCAGCCACCACAGCGCCUCAUUGUGUCGGCCGCCUUCCGGAUGAGCAGCUACUUCUUUCUAUCUUCCUUCCCGCCUGUUGUGGCCUGUUUUGUUGCACCUGCCUGCCUGUCGUGGUUCAUAUCUCUGAGACCCGAGCCGGCGGCCGUUGCUAUCAGAUCGACCAUCGGUAGUCGCCGGGCUGUCUGA